UGUUCUUUCCAUGAUAUUAAAAAUGCCAGCUUUAUUACUUUCAGCUAGUUGUCAUCUCUCUCGGUUAUUCUCUCAAUCAAGGUUCGUCAGUUUUUCUACGAGGCUAAUCAAAAUGGAUUUGGUCGUUGACAUCGCGGACCGUUACUUCUUCACAAAAUACAACAUCUAUCCCGGGGACUGGAGUGAAGACUACUGGCUACGCCAGUGCUUUUCUUCCGCCAUUCUCUGUUACAUCGGUGGCACAACGAUUUAUCUUACAGUGUCCCCACUAGUCUUCUGGUUCAUCUUUGACCAUCGACUAAUGAAGCAUCCACUGUUUCUGAAGAACCAAAUUCGUCGGGAGAUGUGGAUGUCACUGACUGCAGGAAUCUUCUUGUGCCUAUUGACAUCAGUUGUUCUUUUACUCGAGCUCCGCGGCUAUUCCAAGCUGUACUCAAUGGACGAGAUUGACGUUACGGUUUAUGAAGCGAUAGUCCUGGUCAUCCGCGAUUCUGUGGGACUCAUCUUGUUCAGUGAUUGCCUCAUCUACUGGAUUCAUCGUUUCUUACAUCACCGCUACAUCUACCGUCAUCUACACAAGCAGCAUCACAAAUGGAAGAUUCCUACUCCAUUCGCCAGCAUCGCUUUCCACCCUUUCGAUGGAUUCCUUCAAAGCGUCCCUUACCACAUCUACCCCUGCAUCUUCCCAACCAAUAGGCACGCUUACUUGGUUCUCUUCUUCCUGGUAAUUGUUUGGACCAUCAGCAUUCACGACGGUGAUUAUCGGGUACCAACGGUGCUCAGACCGUUUAUCAACGGCUCUGCGCAUCACACCGAUCAUCAUCUGUUUUACAACUACAAUUACGGUCAGUACUUCACGUUUUGGGAUCGCAUUGCGGGCUCGUACCGAAGUCCCUCGGUGUACGAGGGUGUGUCCCUGGUGGAUGCAGUCAACAAGAAAGCCACUAAGGUCAUUGAUGAAGGUGAAUGUAACGGAUAUGUUGGUAAAGCUCACGAAGGCUGA